GCUGAUGUCAAUGUCAAUGAGCUCCCGCCUAAUUUAACGGUUUGACCGGUAGAUCUGAAGAAUCUACUAAACAUUUUUUGUUGCUAAAUACAUUUUACAAACUAAAUAAAAUGUCUGGACGUGGAAAAGGAGGAAAGAAUAAAGCAGAUAAAUAUAAAUCCCGUUCAAAUCGUGCAGGACUCCAAUUUCCUGUAGGAAGAAUACAUAGAUUCUUACGUAGAGGAAACUAUGCUCAUCGUAUUGGGUCAGGAGCUCCAGUGUAUCUUUCAGCCGUAUUGGAAUAUCUAGCAGCCGAAGUGUUGGAGUUAGCAGGUAAUGCCGCUAGAGACAAUAAGAAAACCAGAAUUAUACCAAGGCAUCUUCAGCUAGCCAUAAGAAAUGACGAGGAGUUGAAUAAACUUCUAUCUGGUGUUACAAUAGCCCAGGGUGGUGUAUUGCCAAAUAUACAAGCUGUUCUACUGCCCAAGAAGUCUGGAACUGGAACUGCAGCUUCGGGAGGAAAGUCAACAAAGAGCCAAUCUCAGGAUUAUUGAUAAUUUUUUAAGUAAGAAUGUUUUUUACCUAAUUGUAAGCUCUAGAAGUCUGAUGUAUUUGUUUGUAAUAAUAUUUGGUAGUCACUUGUACAAUAUUCGAUUCAUGAAUGUUUGUUUAGUCUAAUAAAGUUUUUACUUAUA